AUCCAAUGGCAGACGUGUGCUUUCAAUACGCCCAAUGAGAGCAGGGCGGUGUUAGGGCUUAAAAAGACAGCGUUCGCUAGCGCCGUUUAUUGUGUUUUUUUCCUCCGUGAAGUUCACAGCUCGACGCUAUGGCAAGAACCAAGCAGACCGCCCGUAAGUCCACUGGUGGCAAAGCGCCCAGAAAGCAGCUCGCCACUAAGGCUGCGCGCAAGAGCGCCCCGGCUACCGGCGGCGUGAAAAAGCCUCACCGUUACAGGCCCGGCACCGUGGCUCUGAGGGAGAUCCGCCGUUAUCAGAAGUCUACUGAGCUGCUUAUCCGCAAGCUGCCCUUCCAGCGCCUGGUCAGAGAAAUCGCUCAGGAUUUCAAGACCGACUUGCGUUUCCAGAGCUCGGCCGUCAUGGCCUUGCAGGAGGCUAGCGAGGCAUACCUGGUCGGUCUGUUCGAGGACACCAACCUGUGCGCCAUUCACGCCAAGCGAGUGACCAUCAUGCCUAAGGACAUUCAGUUGGCCCGCCGUAUUCGCGGGGAGCGCGCUUAAACCUCAAUACUCUAUAUUGUACACAAAGGCUCUUUUAAGAGCCACCA